AUGGCGGUGUUAUUGGAAGAUAUUGUAAAAUCUGUGGAGACGUGGCUGAAGCUGAUUAAGAAGCCGCAACCGUACGUUGACCCGAAUCUGGAUCCGGUUUUAUUAGUUCCGGGUAUUGCCGGGUCGAUUUUGACUGCCGUGGAUGAUCAAAAUGGGAAAGAAGAGCGGGUAUGGGUUCGGAUCGUCGGUGCCGAUUAUAAGUUCCGGACCAAGCUCUGGUCUCGUUUUGAUCCUUCUACUGGUAAAUCUGUUUCCUUAGAUCCAAAUACAACUAUUAAAGUUCCUGAUGGAAGAUAUGGACUUCAAGCUAUUGAUGUAUUGGACCCUGACAUGAUCAUCGGUCGUGAGUGUGUUGGUUAUUUUCACGAUAUGAUCGUUGAAAUGAUCAAGUGGGGUUUUCAAGAAGGGAAAACACUUUUCGGGUUUGGUUAUGAUUUUCGCCAGAGUAACAGGUUGCAAGAAACAAUGGACCGCUUGGCGGCGAAAUUGGAGUCGGUGUACAAUGCUUCAGGAGGGAAAAAGAUAAAUAUCAUUAGUCAUUCUAUGGGCGGCCUUUUGGUAAAAUGUUUCAUGGGCCUUCACAGUGAUAUUUUUCAGAAAUAUGUGAAGAACUGGAUUGCAAUUGCUGCACCAUUCCGGGGUGCACCUGGAUAUAUUGCUUCUACCUUUCUAAAUGGAAUGUCAUUUGUUGACGGGUGGGAACAGAAUUUUUUCAUUUCAAAGUGGAGCAUGCAUCAAUUGCUAAUCGAGUGCCCAUCGAUAUACGAGUUAAUGGCUUGUCCACAUUUCCAUUGGCAACAUACACCAUUUCUUGAGAUAUGGAGGGAGAAAGAAGGUUGUGAUGGAAUUCCUCAUACUAUUCUAGAAUCCUAUCGCCCUCGAGAUUGCAUUGAUAUUUUUAAGGAAGCUCUUUCUGUUAACUCGGUCGAUUAUGACGGAGAGAAUAUUCCACUACCUUUCAAUUUGGAGAUCUUGAAAUUGGUUAAAAAGACUCGAAAGGUGUUGUCUCACGCAAAGGUUCCUUCCGGAGUUAAAUUCUACAAUAUAUAUGGGAUCAAUCUUGAGACACCGCACAGCGUUUGCUAUGGAAGUGAGGAGACACCGGUUACAAAUAUACACGACUUACGGUUCUUUCAGCCCAAAUAUGUAUGUGUUGAUGGUGAUGGAACGGUUCCGACAGAAUCAGCUAAGGCAGAUGGACUACAUGCUGAAGCUAGGGUUGCAGUCCCCGGUGAGCACCGGGGAAUUCUUUGUGAACCUCACGUAUUCCGAAUCCUCAAACAGUGGUUGAGGGCAGGUGACCCAGACCCUUUCUACAAUCCAAUAAAUGAUUAUGUUAUUCUGCCAACAGCAUUCGAAAUGGAAAGUCACCGUGAGAAAGGCUUACAAGUUACUUCACUCAAAGAGGAAUGGGAAAUCAUUUCCAAAGAUGAAGACGAUCCCGAUGACGUGGCUAGUAGAAAAUCAGUCCUCAGCUCGAUUUCUGUUUCGCAAGAGGGAAAUAAGCAAUCCCUGAGGUCCGAAGUUCAUGCAACCGUCGUCGUUCAUCCACAAAACGAGGGUAAGCAACAUGUCGAGCUAAAUGCCAUAAGUGUAUCCAUUGAUUAAUGGAAAUCGGACUCCAUGAGAGCAAAGUAAAGCUUUUCAUUUGUCCUCUGUAACUCUGUAUAUUAUUGUGUGUUACAUGACCUUGAACUCAAGCAUGGUUUCUUACUUUCUUUCAA